AGCAUUUAAAAGCACUGAAGCACUGGCUCAUUCUCAAAGCUUCUUGAGCAGCCUGAAGAGCAUCACCAAGAACAUCUUGAAGAACAAGAGCAAAAUGAAGUCUACAGCAGCUUUUGUUGUGGUUGCCUGUGUCCUUAUGGUGCACGUACAAGGUCAGGCCAGGCCUAGUGUGAGGAGAUGCUUAUGUCAAGGUUCUGGACUGAACAUGGUUCGUCUACAACGUGUUGAGAAGAUUGAAGUUUAUCCUGCCAGUCCGUCUUGUGAAAAUAUUGAAAUGAUUGUUACCUUGAAGAAUGGAGCAGGGCAAAAAUGCUUGAACCCAGCAUCCAACUUUGCAAAGAAUUACAUCAAGAAGGCCAUCCAAAAGAGGAGUGCUGAAACAAAACAUCAGUGAAGAUGUGCAAGAGAAGACUGUGAACGGCAUCCGCUCAUCCAUUUCAAAAUCCUGCACUGAGACAGUUUGUCUUGUUACUUGAACUGCAUAUUUGCAUGAUUAUAAUUGCUUUUUUGUCACAAAAACUAUAAAUAUAUAAUUCGCCUGUGUUUUGUUAUGUUAAUUUAUGAAAGAGGUACUUUUG